GGGGAGAUACCCAUAUCAUAUCAGAAAAAUAUCUCACAAGCGGAUGGAAAAUACGAACAUGGUAAUGAAAGUGAUCAGCUGGUUGAGCAAGCCAAAAAGGUGAAUAUCAAAGGUGUGGAAAAACAGGGAAAUCAAGAAGAGGAUGAAAAAGAGCUGACUGACCUAUUCACCCCAGAGGAGGCGGAUGCCCAAAUGGUGAAUACCUCGUCGGGGGAGACGCAAGAAAAACAAGACGAAGAGAUGGUGGCAGAAGAUUUGAAAGGAUCACAAAAGGACGUAUCCGCAGGGGAAGAAGCAGCUGUAGAUGAAGCAACGGCGCAGAUUGAUCGGGAAGAGGGCAAAGAAGGAAAACCAUCAGAACCGUCAGAGGAAGAAACAGUGGUAGGCUCCAAAGCGGAAUCCGAAGCGGGAGACCAAGACACGAAUGACACGGACGAUGAACACGAUGAUGAUGGCGAUGAUGAGGAGGAAGAGGAAGAGGAAGAAGAUGAAGCGCAGGAGGGACAGGAAGCCGAAAAAGCAGCCGAGGAAGACAAAGACGCUUCCCCAAAUGGCAAGCAAGCUCAACAGGGGGGUUGUCAAGGUUGCCCCGAUAUAGCAAAACAUUUUAAAUCAAAGGAAGAGUUCCUGAAGCACCUGAUCAAGCCAAUUGAAGAAGACAAAGAACAUGAAAAUGGAGUCAGUGACCUUACCAAAAUGUUGGCUCACUUUUUUUUACAAUUAUAA